AUGGCCGAGCCGCCAGAGCGCCAGCACGCGAACGGUCACCACCCUCAAUCGCAGUCCUACUCCAACAGCAAUGGCCAGACAAACCUCUCCCUGCGACCGCGCGAUCCCCACAGCGAUGCUCUUCGGCGGCGCGUAUCGCAAGAGCGCGAUCCCACGCGACCGUCAGUAGAGGGCGUGCGUGAUCCAGGGAGCAAGGACAGGUCCAAGUCCAGCUCAAGGCGACCGAGUGGACAGCAGAGGAUAUGCGGGAAAUGCCAGCAGCAUUUGACGGGGCAAUUUGUUCGCGCACUGGGAGAUACAUAUCAUCUGGAGUGCUUCACAUGUCAUGACUGUGGCAAGGUCGUAGCCUCUAAAUUCUUCCCAGUACCAGACCACCCGCCGAAUCAAUACCCUCUCUGCGAGACAGAUUACUUCAGGCGCCUUGAACUCCUGUGCUAUGCCUGCAAGGGAGCUCUUCGAGGCUCAUACAUCACAGCCCUGGAUAGAAAGUACCACAUUGAGCACUUCACCUGCUCUGUAUGCCCGACUGUCUUUGGAGCCCAGGAUUCGUACUACGAACACGAAGGCAGCGUGUACUGCCAUUACCACUACUCAACGAAAUUCGCGCAAAGAUGCAAUGGGUGUCAUACAGCCAUACUGAAGCAGUUUGUGGAGAUCUUUCGGAACGGCGUGAAUCAGCACUGGCAUCCUGAAUGCUAUAUGAUCCACAAGUACUGGAAUGUCCGACUCCAUGCAGCUCCACCACGAGGGACCGACGCUGAGGAGGAGAGAAAAGCGUUAGAGCAAGCAGGCAAAGAUAGGGAUGCGAGUGAGGAGGAGCGGAGAGUGGUUCGGACUGAGGAAGAGGCGGUCGAGUACAAAGUCCACUGGAUAUGGCAUACACUCUCGACCUUUGAAGAGCGUUCCGCGACCUGCAUCUCGGACAUGCUAUUGCACGUUAGUAAUGGUGCAUACAUGGACGGUGUGAUGGCUGCGAAGAAGUUCAUCACUCAUGUUGACCUCUUAUUUGCCGCUGCAGAUGAUCUGGAUCAUCGACUGCAGACGAUUGUGCAUCCUGGAUUGAGCUAUAGUCGGGAGGCCAAGCUGUUGUGCAAAAAAGUGGUCGCCUUCUUUCAACUGCUCGCCGAGAACCAAGACAACGGUGUUCGACGUCUAGGGGUCACGCAGGAACUGCUGUCACUGGUGACAGGGCUUGCGCACUACCUGAAGCUCAUGAUCCGUAUUUGUCUGUCGGGAGCGUUGAAGUUGGAAAGAGAGACCACCAGCUCCGAGGGCCUUGAAUGUUUCCUCGAAGACAUCAGCAAACUGGACGAACGGCUGGAAGCCGACUCCCACCGCGAUUCGCGGGCGGAUGCCGAGCUCUACGUCGACAAAAGCGCCGACACAUGUGUUGUCUGCAACAAAGCUGUCGAAGACAAGUGCUUCCGCCGCGAGGAUCGAGUGUUCCACACGCCGUGUGUUUGCUGCUCAAAAUGCGGCAAGGACUACAGCGAUAAUGUUGGCGAGGCAAGAUGGAGCUCGCAAUCUCAGCGAGUGUGGUGUGAGAACCAUGCUCCAGGAGAUGCUCGGGCAGGAGGAUUCACGCCAGUCACAAGGCUCCAGCAAUAUGUACACCUUCUGCGUGUAGCUCAUGCGCGGCUCCUUGCCACGCUCCGCACAAGCGGCGCGUUGCCUCAUACCAGCGAUGAUCCCAACCUUCUGGGCUACGACUCGCGAGAUGGCAACAGUAGUUCGACCGAGAACCCCGGACUCUUGCGAUCGAGUACACGAUCAAGGUCGUACGCAGGCAGAACUCCGGCGCCCAGAAACCAGGCCUACGAAGAUUCAAUGGAGGAUACCAUGGGCGACAUUCGACGCUUACGAAGUACGAGAAUGGAUAAGCACCUUUCUAACGCAACUCGAAAAGCGCGAACGUCAAGGAUCAUCGAUGGACCCGAAGGCAUGCGUCCUGGCUCUGCUGAUGGCGGAGACGGCCGGAGAAGAACUGGCACUUUCCAGAUUGUGGAAGAUCGCGAAGGGCCUGAUUCAGUCUCUCAGCUGACAUUCGGCAACCAAGACGCCAUGACCUUGGAUGACAUUCCGAGAAUAGUGCAGGCUCAGCAGACCCGAGAACAAAGGCCGAAUGCAACGAGAUAUGCUAGGUCGCCGAUGAUACCACAGGAGCCCCUUCCGAGACUGGUCAACGGCCACACUCGCGAUUAUUCGAGCGAUGCCAUGGCAGACAAGAUGGAAAGCAGACCACCUGGGACCAAGAAAUACUUCUCCGAACUCACGGCUUUGGAAUACUUCAUCGUACGGCAUGUUGCAGUGCUAUCGAUGGAGCAACUCGUCGAAGGCCACUUCAACCAGGAGGAGCUAUUAGACCUGAUAGAAACAAAACGCCCAACGUUCUGGAGUAAAUUUGGAAAGGCUUUCCAGGGCAAGGAGAAGAAGCCCAAAGGGCCGAAGAACGCCAUAUUCGGCGUGCCACUGGAAUUGCUGCUCGAUCGCGACUACGAAGAAAGCACAGAUGGCGUAGGACCUGGCUCUCUCAAAGUUCCCUCACUCGUCCAGGAGUGUAUCAGCGCCAUGAAGACCAUGGACAUGUCUGUAGAGGGCGUGUUCCGAAAGAACGGCAACAUCAAGCGGCUGAACGAUGCAAAGGAAGACAUCGAUUCCAAGGGUUCUGUCGAUCUCGACCUCACGAGAGAAAACCCUGUGCAAGUGGCUGCUUUGCUCAAGAAGUUCUUGCGCGAGCUACCUGACCCACUGCUGACGCAUAAGCUGCACAAGUUGUGGAUAACGUCGCAGAGGAUUGACGACAGCGAGAGGAGAAGACGGGUUCUUCAUCUCACCUGCUGCUUACUACCAAAGGCACACCGAGACACCAUGGAAGUGCUCUUCACGUUCAUGAACUGGGUGUCCAGCUUCAGUCAUGUUGAUGAAGAGAGUGGAAGCAAGAUGGACACACACAACCUGGCCACCGUGAUCACACCCAAUGUGCUGCACUCAGGCAAGGACACUGUCCCUGUCGACGACAGCUUCUUGGCCAUUGAGGCCGUGCACAGCUUGAUAGAGUGCAACGAGAGCAUGUGCGAAGUACCUGAAGAUCUCGCCAUGAUCCUCAACGACUCCUCCCUCUUCAGUAACAGCGCCGACAUCACGACCAAAGAAAUCCUCAAACGCUACGGCGACCGCGCUAAAGCGCCGACCGCCAACACAUCCUCCGGCACCCCCAACAUCGUCGUCAACGGCACCUCUUCCCCACAAGCCUCCGCUCCUGUCGUCACCCGCGUCGACACCGAUCCACACCAGCAAAAUGCCUGGCAAAACGAGAGUUCAGUACGACACGUCGCCGGCGAUGCGAUGACGCCGCCGAAUUUACCGUAUGGAAAUCCCAAUGGGAGUACAGAGAGCCACGGGAGUCCAAGUCGGGGUGACAGAUCGAGUAUGAGGAGUGGAGGUGGCAGUGGCUUUGACAAUAAACAGCAGCGAUCCAUGGCGCUGGCGUAG